AGGAUGACAGCGUUGCCGACCAAUAGGAUUCGCCGCUGACGGGAGGGGGCGGAGUGAGUAGCCGGGGGUGGCGCCGGAGCCGGAUGAGGAGACGCUGAGGGGAAGUUUAGUCGCUGCCGCCCAGAACCGUCUGAGGAGCCGCCGCCCGAGAAGCGGGGAGCCCGGGCCCCGCGGCCGCCAUGGGGAACCGGGGGAUGGAGGACCUGAUCCCGCUGGUGAACAAGCUGCAGGACGCGUUCAGCUCCAUCGGGCAGAGCUGCCACCUCGACCUGCCGCAGAUCGCCGUGGUGGGCGGCCAGAGCGCCGGCAAGAGCUCCGUGCUCGAGAACUUCGUGGGCCGAGACUUUCUUCCCCGUGGGUCUGGAAUCGUCACCCGACGUCCUCUUAUUCUUCAGCUAAUCUUCUCAAAAACAGAAUAUGCUGAGUUUUUGCACUGCAAAUCCAAAAAGUUCACAGAUUUUGAUGAGGUUCGGCAGGAGAUCGAAGCAGAGACAGACCGGGUCACAGGAACCAAUAAAGGAAUCUCUCCUGUUCCCAUCAACCUGAGGGUAUAUUCACCACAUGUACUGAAUCUGACGUUGAUCGACCUACCGGGUAUCACCAAGGUGCCGGUGGGAGACCAGCCCCAAGAUAUCGAGUACCAGAUCAAGGAAAUGAUCUUGCAGUUUAUCAGCCGAGAAAGCAGUCUGAUUCUUGCAGUGACUCCAGCCAACAUGGAUCUGGCAAACUCGGAUGCUCUUAAAAUGGCUAAAGAAGUAGAUCCUCAAGGCCUACGGACAAUUGGUGUGAUCACCAAACUAGACCUGAUGGAUGAGGGCACCGAUGCCAGAGACAUCCUGGAGAAUAAACUGCUUCCUUUAAGAAGAGGCUACAUUGGCGUUGUUAACCGGAGCCAGAAGGAUAUAGAAGGCAAGAAGGACAUCAGAGCAGCGCUGGCCGCAGAGCGGAAGUUCUUCCUUUCUCACCCAGCCUACAGGCACAUGGCAGAUCGAAUGGGCACACCUCACUUACAGAAAGUCCUGAACCAGCAACUGACCAACCACAUCCGUGAGACCCUGCCCUCACUGCGUAGCAAGCUGCAGAGUCAGCUGCUCUCCCUGGAGAAGGAAGUGGAGGAAUACAAGAACUUCCGUCCUGAUGACCCCACACGGAAAACCAAAGCCUUGCUACAGAUGGUCCAGCAGUUUGGAGUGGACUUUGAGAAGCGGAUUGAAGGCUCAGGAGAUCAAGUGGACACACUAGAACUCUCUGGUGGUGCCAGAAUUAAUCGCAUCUUCCACGAGAGAUUCCCCUUCGAGCUGGUGAAGAUGGAAUUUGAUGAAAAGGACUUGAGGCGAGAAAUUAGCUAUGCAAUUAAAAACAUCCACGGCAUAAGGACGGGGCUUUUCACACCAGACUUGGCAUUCGAGGCCAUUGUGAAAAAGCAGGUGGUGAAGCUGAAAGAGCCUUGUCUGAAGUGUGUCGACCUGGUUAUUCAGGAGUUAAUCAAUACAGUUAGACAGUGUACCAGUAAGCUUGGCUCUUACCCCAGAUUACGAGAGGAGACGGAGAGGAUUGUUACCACUUACAUCAGGGAACGGGAAGGAAAAACAAAGGACCAGAUUCUCCUGCUGAUCGACAUUGAGCUCUCUUAUAUCAACACUAACCAUGAAGACUUCAUUGGAUUUGCCAAUGCCCAGCAGAGGAGCACCCAGCUGAACAAGAAAAGAGCCAUCCCAAAUCAGGUAAUCCGCAGGGGCUGGCUGACGAUUAACAACAUCAGCAUAAUGAAAGGAGGCUCCAAGGAGUACUGGUUCGUGCUGACUGCAGAGUCUUUGUCCUGGUACAAAGAUGAGGAGGAAAAGGAGAAGAAAUACAUGUUGCCCUUGGAUAAUCUGAAAAUCCGGGAUGUGGAGAAGGGCUUCAUGUCAAACAAACACGUCUUUGCCAUCUUCAACACUGAGCAAAGGAAUGUGUAUAAAGAUCUCCGUCAGAUCGAGCUGGCCUGUGACUCCCAGGAAGAUGUGGACAGCUGGAAAGCCUCCUUCCUCCGGGCUGGUGUUUAUCCAGAGAAAGACCAAGUGGAGAAUGAGGACGGGACCCAAGAGAACACCUUCUCCAUGGACCCGCAACUGGAGCGCCAGGUGGAGACCAUCCGCAACCUCGUCGACUCCUACGUGGGAAUCAUCAACAAGUCCAUCCGAGACCUCAUGCCAAAGACCAUAAUGCACCUCAUGAUAAACAAUACCAAGGAUUUCAUCCACUCAGAGCUGCUGGCCUACCUGUACUCGUCCGCAGACCAGAACAGCCUGAUGGAGGAGUCGGCCGACCAGGCGCAGAGGAGGGACGACAUGCUGCGGAUGUACCAUGCUCUGAAGGAAGCCUUGCACAUCAUCGGGGACAUCAGCACCAGUACAGUCUCCACUCCGGUCCCGCCACCUGUAGAUGACGCAUGGCUGCAGAGUGGGAGCAGCCCGACGCCCCAGCGCAGACCUACCUCCACCGUGCUGCCGCCGGGCAGGCCCCCAGCUGUGAGGGGCCCAACUCCAGGGCCCCCUUUGAUCCCUGCCCCUGCAGGGAGUCUCUCUUCCUUCGUGGCUCCCCCCAUACCCUCGCGUCCUGGACCUCAGAACGUAUUUGCUGCUAAUAAUGAUCCCUUCUCAGCCCCUCCUCAGAUUCCAUCGCGGCCGGCACGUAUUCCGCCUGGCAUUCCCCCGGGCGUGCCCAGCAGAAGACCCCCUGCGGCGCCGAACCGGCCGACCAUUAUCCGACCGGCUGAGCCCUCCUUGCUAGACUAGCCCCCCAGGGGGCUGCUAGUGACUCCUGUGUGCCUGGUGCGGCUGCCCCACACCUGCUGUCUGGGGCAGGGAGGAAGAGGGGAAAUCCCCCCAUGUCUAAUCUCUUGUUUAAAAAAACCUUACGACUGUGAUCAGCUCUGCAGAGUGGUUCUAGCCAAGGCCAAUUCCUGUUAGCCUGGUGGACUCCUUCUCUGGGACAGGCGCAGCAGGCUCCUUCCUUGUAAAUACCAAUGGCAUCUGUUAAGGAUAGUCGCUGGGUUCCUUGUCCUGAUAGCUCUCCCUUCUACCCAGAGCUCUCUGCUCUUUCCAAGCUAGGAAGUGGGUAACUGGCAUUAUACUCUGAGGGGCUGGUUCAGGAGAACCAGCAUCCCUCUGAACAAAUGCCCCAGUGUGCCCCCCCACCCCCCACUGUAUAAUAAAAAGCAGAGGAUUCUAUUUUUGGGGUUGAAUUUUGCACUUUGUUGAGUAACACACACCAUGAACCCCAGCUGGGUUCUUGCGUUGGGAUCGUCUGAAUGUAGGAAGUAGAGACGGGAGUUCUGAAAGGGAGUUGAAACACUGUCCUAUUUCUUACUGUGCAGAAUCUCCUUAAACUCCUGUUAUUCAGGCUGAUCAGAUUUCUGUGACUCUGGCUCCUCUUCCAUCCCCCCUCAGCCAGCCAGAAUUUUUUGUAUUGUUAAUAUAUUCUGUAUAAAACACUUAAUGAUUUCAUCCCUGAGGCCCUUCCCUAAACUUGAUUGCUAAUCUGAUCAUAGGCUAUAUUUCAGUUCUAUAGCGUGGAGGAAGAUUUAUAUAUGAGAAAUAAUGGGACUGCAGAUAGCGAUUUGCUAAUUAAAUCUAAUUCACUGCAAACAGGAGCAGACUCUUCAGGUUAGCCCUUUGUCAGGAGGUGCUUGGUUGAUUGUGAACCUCAGGUAUUCCUCAUGCAAUAUCUGCCCCUGUGCCCAGCCCCCCAGUGGGGGCGUAUGGUCAGUUAGUAAGCGACAAACUUUGAUUGUGUUCUAUGAAAGAAACACUUAGCCGAAGGGCCCUGGGCUGAACACAACACUGUGAUGAGCAAAGUACCAAACCAGGUUCAGUCCCAAAUGGGCAAUGGAACAAGCAUAAGGGAGACCUGCAGAACGCCAAAAUAGUGGGUCCUCUGUAAGCAGCAACUUCUGUCAGCAGCUGCUUGCUUUGCUCCUGUUCUCAGCUUGGUAAGGGUCCUAGGCCAGCUGGAGCAGCGGAGUGUCUAGUAACCAAAAGCCAGGGCUUGGACAGCUGCGAGGAGGUUUGAGGGCUAGUGCAGGCUGUGUCCUUUCAUUCAUAAUAGGCAAUGUGGACAAAGGCCUGUCUGAAGCCUUUCUAGGAGCAAAGGAAAUGUGAAAACUUUCCCAGGAGCUCCAUGUCCGUGAAAGACCAGCUGUGUGUUUCCUCCUGCUGGUGGGUGGCACUGGUUGCAACAGGCCCAGUGUCUAAAACCUCAGGUGGAGAACAUGCGACGCCUGCCAGAUGAGGGAAGGGAGGUUGUGGUGCCCACAGUGCUAUGGACGUAUAUCUUGCCCAGGAGUGAGAGGCUCUACUGCCCUGUGGGCAUGUGACUCCUCACUGGGGAGGUAGCUGAGGGGUUGUGUUUAGCAACUGGAACCUUGCUUUGGCGUCGUAUCUGUUCUGUGCCUCUUCAUGCACCUCCCCUUCCUUUGAGUGGUGCCUUCUCAGCUGCCUUCACAAAGCACUCCGCCCCAGGGCUGGAAGCAGAAGCUGGGUGUGUGUAUAUAUAAAUAUAUAUAUUUUUAAAGACUAUAUUAAUUGUAAAAUCUUGAGGUGUUUGGGGUGGCUUUUUUUUUUUAAUCCAAUUCAAGCCCAACCCUCUGCUCUCCGAGAACCUGUAGGGCUGAUACUUCGCCCAACAACCUCCUCUAGCCAGAGAACUAUGGAAAAGAUCCACGAACCAGCUUGCCUUAAAUAACCUUUGUUUCAAAAAGCUUGUCUUCAUCGUGGCCUCUUUCCUGCGUGGUGGGAGGGGACCCUAACCCCUUUCUUGCAUUGGCAAUUGAACCUUAGGGCAAGCGCUGGUAACCAAAAGCGUUAACGCUUGUAUGGAGACAGGGCAUGGUGGUAGAGUGCAAGCUGACAGCUGGCCUGGGCAGCCAUGUUGCUGGCUUCACGAAGCAAACUUGCAAACCAAAAACAAGUUGCUGGCCAUUAAAGCUAGGCUCCAGCAUGGGGCAGCCUGGCCUGCUGCUUGUCUUCAACACUGUACAAAGCUCUGAUUGACUGCAGAGCAAUUUCCUUGCACUAGCAGCAGCUGCUUUGCUCUAGGCUGAGUCGUGCAAUGCAGUCCUUAGCCUGCUCCAAUCGGUGCCUGCACGGGGGUUCCUGAGGUCCCUUUUGCUUGUCUGUUUUUUACAAAAUCUAAUUGCCUCUGUUUUGCCUCCUGCUGGCUCUCCCUGAUGUUCUCACGUGUGAAGUGGGCUCUGAAACCUCUCUCAUAUCUCGUGUUGAUUACAAACCCCAGUCCACUGCUCUCCUGUUCCUUCAGUUUGCUGAUUGUGUAAGUGCCUCCAUUCUGUAUUCUAUUAAUAAACUAAAAAAAAAUAAAGGGAAAAAA